CAGGCUGCUCCUGAAGAAGGUGGAAAUCCUCCAUCCAAGGUGAAGUCAGAGCUCACGUGGCUAGAGAAGGACCUCGUGGACUCGGCAGACAAGGGUGAAGGUGUUGUGAAGGAAAUCAACAUCACACACCAUGUGAAGGAGGGUUCUGAGAAAGCUGACCCUUCACAGUUUGAGCUCCUGAAGGUGCUGGGACAGGGCUCUUUUGGCAAGGUUUUCUUGGUGAGAAAAAUAACCCCUCCAGACAGCAACCACCUCUAUGCCAUGAAAGUGCUCAAGAAGGCGACGCUGAAAGUGCGUGACCGAGUAAGGACUAAGAUAGAAAGGGACAUCCUGGCUGAUGUGAACCAUCCCUUCGUGGUGAAACUCCACUAUGCAUUCCAGACAGAGGGGAAGCUGUAUCUCAUCUUGGAUUUCCUCAGAGGAGGUGACCUUUUCACUCGGCUUUCCAAAGAGGUCAUGUUCACCGAGGAGGACGUGAAGUUCUACCUAGCAGAGCUGGCUCUGGGGCUUGACCAUUUGCACAGCCUGGGGAUCAUUUACAGGGAUCUCAAACCAGAGAACAUUCUUUUGGAUGAAGAAGGGCACAUCAAACUCACAGAUUUUGGCUUGAGUAAGGAGGCUAUUGACCAUGAGAAGAAAGCCUAUUCCUUCUGUGGGACAGUGGAAUACAUGGCACCAGAGGUGGUGAAUCGCCAGGGCCACUCCCACAGUGCUGACUGGUGGUCCUACGGGGUGUUGAUGUUUGAGAUGCUCACCGGCUCGCUGCCCUUCCAGGGGAAGGAUCGCAAGGAGACCAUGACCCUCAUCCUCAAAGCAAAGCUGGGCAUGCCACAGUUCCUGAGCUCUGAAGCACAGAGCCUCCUGCGAGCCCUUUUCAAAAGGAAUCCAUCCAACCGAUUAGGUUCUGGACCAGAUGGGGCAGAAGAGAUCAAGCGCCAUCCUUUCUACUCCACCAUUGACUGGAAUAAGCUGUACCGCAGGGAGAUCAAACCCCCCUUCAAGCCUGCAGUGGGGCAGCCAGAUGACACCUUUUAUUUUGACACAGAAUUUACGUCGCGUACACCAAAAGAUUCCCCAGGCAUCCCCCCGAGUGCAGGGGCCCAUCAGCUCGUCCGAGGCUUCAGUUUUGUGGCGACUGGAUUGAUGGAGGAUGGCAAAGUGAAACCUGCCCAGUCACCCCUGCAUUCAGUGGUACAGCAGCUGCACGGCAAGAACGUCCAGUUCAACGACGGCUACGUGGUGAAGGAGGCAAUUGGGGUGGGCUCCUACUCAGUGUGUAAACGCUGUGUCCACAAAGCCACCAACAUGGAGUACGCCGUCAAGGUUAUUGACAAGAGCAAGCGAGACCCUUCUGAGGAAAUCGAAAUCCUCCUGCGGUACGGGCAGCACCCAAACAUCAUCACCCUCAAAGACGUGUACGACGAUGGGAAGUACGUGUAUCUGGUGACUGAGCUGAUGAGGGGAGGGGAGCUGCUGGAUAAAAUCCUGCGACAGAAAUUCUUCUCCGAGAGGGAAGCCAGUUCAGUCCUGCACACGAUCUGUAAAACAGUGGAGUAUCUGCAUUCCCAAGGGGUGGUUCACAGGGACUUGAAACCCAGCAAUAUUCUCUACGUGGACGAGUCAGGAAACCCUGAAAGCAUUCGCAUUUGUGACUUUGGCUUUGCCAAGCAGCUGAGGGCUGAGAAUGGCCUUCUGAUGACUCCCUGCUACACAGCAAACUUCGUGGCACCCGAGGUCCUGAAACGCCAAGGCUACGACGAGGGCUGUGACAUCUGGAGCCUGGGAGUUCUCCUGUACACGAUGCUGGCAGGCUGCACUCCGUUUGCAAAUGGUCCCAGUGACACUCCAGAAGAGAUCCUGACCCGGAUAGGUGGGGGGAAGUUCUCCAUCAGUGGAGGCAAUUGGGACACUAUUUCUGACAUGGCCAAGGAUCUGGUAUCAAAGAUGCUUCACGUAGAUCCUCACCAGCGUCUCACAGCCAAGCAGGUCCUGCAGCACCCCUGGAUAACCCAGAAGGACAGCUUACCCCAGAGCCAGCUGAACCACCAGGACGUUCAGCUUGUAAAGGGGGCGAUGGCUGCCACGUACUCUGCACUCAACAGCUCCAAGCCAAGCCCCCAGCUGAAGCCCAUCGAAUCCUCCAUCCUGGCCCAGAGGCGGGUGAAGAAGCUUCCUUCCACCACCCUGUGAGGCUGGGGCCAUGGGCUGCACCCCACAGCACGGGGCAGGGCCCCCCCCGACUUUGCACACCCACUGAAGAUGGGGAGCAGGAGAUCAGGUGGUCGUUGCCUGCCCAGGAGCUCCCUCAAGGACUUCUUCUCAAAAGGCCAAGUGCCUUGUUGUUUCUGAAAGACUGGUUCCUCCUUGUGUGGACUGAUCUUUGCUGAGAGAACUUCACUGUAAAAUUUUUUUUGAAGUGUAAAUUGUUGAUUUUUAAAGACCUCCAUCUGUGUAUAUGAGAACUAGAAUGUACGAUGUCAAGUGGCACUAAAGAGCAGCUCUGCUUCACCCUUUCCUGUGUAGGGCCAGAUAUUUGUUGUAGCUAUAUCAU